AGACAGGAUCACUGCGAUGAUCGCCCCUCCCUUCCUGUCGCGUCAUGAUGAAAGUGAAGCGCUCCUUCCUUGAGGUUUGUUUAUCAUCCUCGAUUACUAGCAGCACACAAAAGUCUUGAAAAAUACAAAACGAACAUUGGAGAGGUUAGUCCUGGUAGUAGAAAAGGCAACACAACUCCCGCCGCUGCAGCGCCAGAUUCUGAUGCUGAUUUCGUAAAAAACGCGCAGAACCAUGAAUCCAAAUUUUUACCUUUCUCAUUUCUUCUGAAUUAUCGAUGAUGUUGUUGUAGUAAGUAAGUAUUAACGAAAAUUCUCUUCUACUACUGGCUAUGUCUCCUAUUUUCUUUUUGUUUCCACACGUUUGAUUACAUCUGCGCUAAACUUCUUACUUCCUUCAUCUAUUAUUUUCAGUGGAAAAAAUGACAAAGAAUAACCGUCCCGGUGGGGUAAGCCCCGGAAUGAACAGGAUGCUCAUGCCUCGAGGAGGAGGAGAUGGCCCCGGUUUCACGCCGCCUAUGAGGCGGAACAACCAGGAAGGUGCAUCGAGUCCUAGCUGGCGUUCAGAGAUGCACCAAAACCGAAGAGGGGAUCCAGAGAUGACCUGGCGCGUGGAGUUGAACAAAACUAUCCAGGAAAAUUUCUUUCUCACACCUUUAUUAAGGCUAGCUCAGAUGCAUCCUCGUCCACAUCAUCCUCGUUGUCCUCUACUACUUUUUCUGCUUGUUCUACUACUUAAAAAGAAUGUUACUUAUAAAAAGUUUCCACUAGAAAAAGAAUGCUGCAAGGGAGGUCAUGCUUUCACUCAAGGAUGCUGCCCAUAAUCAAUGCGGUACAAGCUCACUCUAACUUUGAAAGAACGCGAGUUCGCUCUUUUCUUCGCAGAGUUGACCCCUCUUCUAGACCGCAUGGACGCUUGCAAUGUCUCGACUAUGUGGCACGUGCUAGCGCAACAUCAACAAGGAAAUCGUGGUGGAAAUGUUGUUGUACCCUGCUUUUCUACAACUUUGUCAACAUCUUCGACGUUCUUGCAAGAACGAUUAAGGCACCAACCGCGGGAGCAUCCUUAGCAUCAAUCUUGGUCUUUUUUUCAAGGGAAAAUUUAAGGGGCCAGGGACUUAGGGCUUAAGGAUGCGACGCGGCAGCUCUAAAACAACAUGAAGGAGGAGACGAAGAGGACAAUGGACAUGGAGUACACGACCCCCAGCAAAAAGCACUGACAAUGUCACUGAAAAGACGCCAUCACCGAGAGCUGCAAGCAUUGGUCAGGCGCACUGGGCAGCUCAUGCGAAGCUAUCGGAGCCGGGAAUUUGCGAACACCGCAGUAGGAAUGCGAAUUAUCUUUGCAGAGUCCUUAUCUUCUGGCGAAAGUAGAGGUCCUAAUUCAUCUUUCGGAUUGCGACAUGACGGUGAUCUAGCAGCAGAGGUCUACAACGUGCUGCGUGAUAAGUUGAUGCCCUGCGCGACAACCUAUUUCCGAGAUUGUCCGGCUAGAAAACGGUGGAGUGUUCCAGAGUUUUCCAUGCUGACGUACAGCCUCUCUCGGUUUCGACACGCACUACCUUGUCGAGAGCUCUGGACCGGCCUUUUCAGAAUUGUAGCCGACGAACUGCAAAGCUCCGAGCAAUACCAGUACUUCGGCGACCACUCAGCCCGGUUCAACUCCUUCUCGCCGCAAAGCGUCAUGAACCUCGCACAGGCCUAUGCAACUGUCUUUUGCGGAAUUUUCAUGCAACAAAGCAUCAAUCCCGAUGAUGGCCACAACAUGGCCGCGCCGACCAGAAGAGACAACGCAGGCUUAUCAACGAGUUGUAUCAGAUCAUCUUCUUCCUCAACAUCUUCCAGUUGCAUCGCUCAAAGUAUCGAUGCUGCUCAACAGAGAGCGCUGCUUUUCCGGAAAAACGCGCGCUUUUUCUGUCUACUUGCAGAGGAAGCAAAUGGUAUUUUGGGCGCACAGAAUGCUAGGAGUCAAAGACACUACGUCGAAAACAGUAGUACAAAUGCUACGACGAGGACAAGAACUUGCACAUCAUCCACAACAAGUGCCAGAAGAGGAGCCAAGAAUUUGCGAAGUGAUGACUUCUCCGUAAUGGAACUUGUGAAUUUGCUCCAAGCUUUUGGUCUUAUUAAGGAUGACCUCGCCGCUUGGUUAGAAGCCACAGAUUGUGUGGUCCACCACCAAAGUAGAGAUGCAAUUAAUGCGAGACAAGUGGAAGUCUUCCAAUCGUUUUAUCAGAAAUCUUUGGAAGCGUGUUUUUAUUUUCUGGAAGCAGGGUCGUUCAAAUGGCGCGACAUCAGCGAAGCAGCUUGGGCCCUGAAAGACCUUCCGAGAAACUUGUGUGACGAUGACGAAGGUAUUUCUCUGCUCUUCGAUAUGCUCGUAGAGGAAUUCCGCCGGCGAUUACAGCCUACUUCUAAGAAUAAUAGUUCUGCUCUUGAGCCUCUGGACGCACAAACAUUGGUGGUUUUUUUGCAUUCGUUAGCUGAGCGUCGCGCAAAACAACUAGCACAUGCACAAGUACAACAAGAACAUCAAGACAAAAACAGGUUCAACGUCCACUUAGACAAGCACGUCGUGGUCGAUGAUGAAGAUGCUUCUUCUAAGGAGCAAGCUGAAAGUGUAAAAAGCCUACUACACGCUGUCGCGAAUUAUAUUGCUCCCAAAGUAGAAGGGGAAGCGCGACGAGUUUCGCAGCACCAGUUGUUGAAAAGCGUGAAAGCUCAAGAUUUAGCAUUGCUUGCUUGGUCCUACGCUACAAUCUUCGAGGGGUGCUCCUUCGAUCACCGUGUUAGUCCUCCGGUGAUGCGGCUUUUUGACGAAGUGGAGCGUGGUUUCUUAGCAUUUUAUCGUUCUCUCGACGACGCUGAAAAGGAUGAGAGGAAUAUUUUGGCGAGGUUUGUGCCUCAAAAUCUGACGAAUUUGGCGUGGGCCUUCGCAGCAAUGAAUGUCAAUGCUGAUGACCGCUUCUUUCCGACAAUUGCUGAGGCUUUCCUAUGCAUGGUUCAGCGUCAGGAUCAUCAGGUGGAACCAACGGCAACUACGAGCCGCAAGAACCAUUCAAUCGUGCUCCUGACAUUGCAAAAUGUCGCGAACCUAAUUUGGGCUUUUGCUGCCCUGAACUACGUCCCGCGCGCAGGUCAAGCGGAAGACAUUCCCUCGGAAUUUUUCAACGCGGUUUGGACUGCUGCGAGCGACAUUAUUGUUCUUGAAGAAUCUAGUACAACGAGAGCAGGCCUUACAACCGCCUCUUCCAGGACCAGCACGGUUACCACGGACCCUCAUCCAUCUACCGCAGCGUCAUGGUCUGCGUCAAUAUAUGGCUCGUUUUCACGCGCUGCCAAUGAGUUGACAUUACAAAACGUGUGCAAUUUGUGUUGGGCCUUUGCCGUUUUCGUAGCGGGGAAAUUAUCUCUACUCCAGAGUUGGUCUGAACUACGCGACCGAGGACACGACCAUCAAGUACAGGAGCUACCAAGGCUAACUGCGCUCGAAGCCAAAUUCUGUGUGAUCUUGUUGGACUUUCUACGAGACAUCAAUUGCGGUUCUACUUCUACGAAUGUGGUCACGUUCUCCAAGAAGGAUCCGGUUGUACACGUAGUCGAGAAUAAUCAAAUUUGGCUAUUUUGGUUGUCUCUUAGAACACUGUGCAGCUAUGGCUCCGAGUUGCAGUCAAAGAAAGCCGUUCAUCUUUCCAGAGACGGUGCCAUCGAUGAUAGCCAGCAGUAUUUGCUCCAAUCUUACCUGGAAGAAGAUGAUGCUCUGAAAGGCUUCAUGCAAGAGGCCAAGCGUAAAUUUUUUCAGGCUAGCCGUGCUGGAGUGACGAUCUCGAAAUUUCAACAGGACGUUACAGACUGCCUGCAUGAUGCACUGGGAGCAAGAGAACAAGCAAACCUAGAAUCCAGCAAGAUUCGUCUCGAACAGGAACAUAUUUGCGAAAAAACUGGUUACUCCAUCGAUAUCGCCUUGUUUCUCGAAGACAAAGUACUACUGGACCAUUCCGUGCCAGCGGCCCGUGUUGACCUCUCGCUCCAAGCAGAACGAGAUGAACAAGACCAAGAUCAACAUCAAGAACCUGCUCUUUCUACAAAUGCACCAAGCAGAGCAGACAGAAGCUCCUUUAAGAAGAAGAUAGCAAUAGAAGUUCAGGGGGAACAACACUACGUCAAUUAUGGCACGCAUGGUCGCACUACUGGUCGUACAUUUCUGAAGCGCGUGCUUUUGGAACAGUCUGGCUGGGUGGUGAAAGAAAUCUCUCCCCUUUAUUGGCGGCAUCUCACAUUAAGUGCGCAAGAUUGGAGGAACAGAGGUGAAAAACUACUCGAGAAAGUGCUGACGCACUCUACAUCUGAGUCGAACGAUUAGUUCUGCAUCUUCUGAUGUGACUUGAAGUUGAACCUGAACCAGG